AUGCAUAAUAAUCCAUUAACUUAAUCAUUAGUUUUUCCUCAAAGCUAUGUUUUUAAAAAUCAAAUAAACAAUUAUCAUCAUAAACUAACUAAUUCAAGUAUAUAUAAUUAAGAAGAUGCAAAAUACAAUAAUAAAUUAAUAUCUACAAUUGAAUAAUAAAAUUAAUAAAAAAGUAAAAAAAUAAAGGAAUACAUAUAUUUUUUAAAAAAAUAAAAUAUAUUAUUAAUCUAAAAUAAAAAAGAUUUAUAUUAAAAAUAAUUAAAUACUUUAGAUAAAAUUGAUUUGAUUUAAAAGUACUUUUUAUUUAUUUUUUUAUUCUUUUUAAUUAAAAUAAAUAAAUAAGCAAUCAAACUUCUAAAUUUGAACAUUUACCUUAAAUAAAUUUGCCAAACAUUUCUUUUUAUUUACAACAAAAAGAUCAUAAUAAAUUAUAUUUAAAUCAAUAACAAUAAUCAAAGAGUAUUUUUAAAAAAAUACAGUAAUUAUCCUUUAUUAAAAUAAAAUAUAUAUAAAAAAGAAAAUAAGUUACCUUCAUUAGAAAAGGCAGCAGUUGUAAAAAGAUUGCAUAAUUCAAUUGAUUUAAAUUAAAUUAAAAAUAUUUAAUUAUUACCUCUUACUAAAUUAAAUAGUAAUUAAUUUAUUAAUCAUAAUCCUAUAUUUUAGAAGCAUUAGUAAUUAAUUUUAAUUUUAAAUACGUUUAAAUAUAUAUAAAAUACCAUAUUAGAUAAAACAAAAAAAUUAUUUAAAUUUAAAAAAUAAAAAAUUAACUUUUUAGUAAUUAUUUUAUUUAAAAAUAGAAUAGAAAAGACUUAAUCAUAAUAAUAAUUAUAACCAAAUUUAUUAAAACAAUAACAAAAAAUUAAAUAUUCAAUAAAAACAAAACCAGGUUUGACAAUUUAAAAAAUAUAAAAAAUAAACCAAGACUCAGCCAUAUUAAACCCAAAAAACUUAUCUGGUUUAAACUUAAAUUUGUUUGCUAUAUGUGAUGGUCAUGGUUUAAAUGGUCAUUUAGUAUCUUAACUAAUAUCAAAAGUACUCCCUUUAAAUAUAUAAAAACACUUAUAAUAAGAUUUAAAAUAAACAUUAACAAUUUCAUUUAAAGAAACAAACAAAGAAAUCUGUUCAUAAAACUUUGAUUCAUAUCUUUCCGGUUCUACCUUAGUUUCAAUUCUAAUAAAUAAAAACAAACUCUAUAUUGCUAAUGUAGGUGAUUCAAGGGCAAUUAUAGGAAAAUAAAAAGGAAUAAAUAAUGGUUUUUAUUUCCAAACAUUAACCACAGACCAUAAGCCUUGUUUGGAACGAGAAAGAUAACGUGUAAUAAAGGCUGGGGGAAGGGUAUAAAGUUAAAGUGAUUUUAAUGGAUAACCAAUAGGCCCUUUGAGAGUUUGGUAAUAAAAUAUCGAUAUUCCAGGGCUAGCAAUGACUAGAAGUAUGGGAGAUAAAGCAGGUAUUCUAGCGGGUGUUAUUUCAGAACCAGAAAUUAGUGAAUAUGACCUAAGUAGUGAAGAUAAAUUUAUUGUAUUAGCUUUUGAUGGUAUUUGGGAAUAUAUGAACAAUAUUGAUGUUAUUAAAUGUGUUUCGUAAUUUUAUGAAAAAGGGAAUGUAGAAUAGGCAGCUGAUAAAUUAUUAAAUGAAGCUGUUUAAGUUUGGAAUAAGUAAAGUUUUGCAAGAGAUGAUAUAACUUGUAUUGUUAUUUUUUUAGAACAUUGA